GCGCCGAGUGUAGCAGCUCGCGCCGUCGUCAGCGCGCGGGGACCGCGGUCGGUCGCCGAGCUGCAGCCAUCAGCGUUAGCCCCUCACAGUGCUGUAAAAUGGAGUAAAAAAGCCGGGCAUUUUUUUUUUUUUAUUUUAAAAAUUAAAAAACGCAUCCAGCGGCAGCGUGAAAGCAGCGAUAACUCGGAGAACAAAGACGUUGUUGUGAAUACUCGCACCUUUCUCUCGCUUGCAACGUAAUUUUCUGUCACUUGGGGGCACAAAGCUGGAAAGAAGUGGAAAAGACAAAAGGCUUCCAUAGCGAUGGUCUGGGCCUAAAUACUGGACGGAAGAGCAACAUGAACCGUGAAGACCGGAAUGUUCUCCGAAUGAAAGAAAGGGAAAGGCGAAAUCAAGAGAUCCAGCAGGGAGGAGAGGCCUUUCCAGUUAACUCUCCUCUUUUUCCUGAACCAUACAAAGUUUCCAGCAAGGAAGACAAACUGUCCAGUCGUAUCCAGAGCAUGCUGGGUAAUUACGACGAGAUGAAGGAAGUGAUUGGGGAAACAACAUCAAAAGUGGUAGUCCCUAAACCCCCAGGAUCAUCUUCCUUGGAGGACAAAUCUGGACAGUCCCUCUACUCGGAACGUGUGAGUGGCAGUGGGCAGGGUGGGAAGUGGACUCCUGUGGUCUCGGCCAGCAGCACCACCUCCCAGUCGCAGAAGAGGUCUGGCUUGUCCAGCAAAGACGGAAGUGGCCAGCGGUCAGCUGCUGGCAGCAGUAGCAGCCAGAGGCACGAGCGAGACCACGGCAGCAGCAAGAGGUCAAGCAAGCAUGGCUCAGAUCACCCCAAGUCCCUCAUGGCCAGCCCCGCCAAGGGCUCUGUGAGCUCUGGCCAUGGCAGGUCGCAUGGCAGCGAGCACCACGGCAAGUCCCCUCGUGAGCGGGAGCGUGAGAGGGAACGCGAGGUAAACUGGGACUCCCCCUCCCGCCUGCUCUCCUCCUUCCCCAGUGGCCAGCCCCCAGGCCAGUCCUUCCCCCCAUCGCUUAUGUCCAAGCCCAGCUCCAUGCAGCAGAAGCCUACUGCCUAUGUUCGCCCCAUGGACGGUCAGGAGACUCUGGAGCCCAAGAGUUCGUCAGAGACCUACAGUGGCCAGUCACACGCCAGCAGUGUUGGGGAAAUAAAGUCCAGUAGCAAAGCCCCUCUUUCCAAGCUCAAGAUCCCCUCACAACUGCUGGAGGCUUCCAUGUCAGGAGAUGCUAAUUGUGUUGAUGACAUUUUAAAGGAGAUGACUCAAUCCCUGCCAUCUCCUCUGACAGCAAUUCAAACACCCUGCAAACCAGAGUCAUCCAAGUUCCCCUUCCCUACCAAGGGUGCUCAGCACUCGACUCUUACCAGUGGAGGACAGAAGCGAUAUGGAUCUUCAAAGACGACCUCAGGCAGUCAUCAGUCCAAAGUUGGAGAAGGUCCACCGGCAAAUACACUCGAACAUGAUCUGAAACUGAGCAGCAGUGAAGAGAGUGAUGAAGAGCAAGAUCCUAAAGCUGCCUCAAGAAAUGAAUCUACAAGCAACAACAGCGAGGGUGCAGAGCACUCCCGGGAGGAAUCGAGCAGCCACAGCGGCUCAGAGAGCAGCUCAGGAUCGGACAGUGAGAGCGAGAGCAGCUCCAGCGACAGCGAGGCCAACGAGCCGCCCCGUGCCGCCUCCCCCGAGGUGGGAUUUAAACCUGAACCUCCUACAGCCAAUAAAUGGCAAUUGGACAACUGGCUUCACAAAGUCAACAAGUUCUCACCAGCCUCUCCGGUGGACAAUAGCAACGCUCCUGCCAAAUACAAAAAGGAGGGCCGGGAGCAGGGUUCAGGUCGUGGGUAUGGUGGGCAGGGCGGAGCCAAAGACUCUGGCAUGUCUGCUCCAAGCAGAGACCUGCGGGCAGCUCAGAAAGGCUCCGAGGGUGGCAGGGGGAGGCAGAAGUCUCCUGCCCAGAGCGAAGGUGGUCCAGCACAGCGCAGGACUGUUGGCAAAAAGCAGCCCCGGAAAUGUGAGAAGCCACCUGUUGUGGAGGAACCCAAGGGGGGGCUAAUGGUGGAGAGUGAGCCUCCACCUGAGAUCCCUCCCCACCGACCUAAAGCUGCCACCAAGGGUUCUCGGAAACCCAGCAUCAAGAAGGAGCCUAAGAGCUUGGCCCGGCAAGCCCCUGAUAAGCGCAAAUGCAAGAUCCCAACUAAGACUUCGACAAAAUCCCGGGAAUUUGUGGACACCGACUCCUCUUCCUCUGAUUCAGAGGAGAAUGAGAGCAUUCCCUCAUCCUCACAGACCCCCAAGUACACAGAGAGCAUCAGGACUCCAGUGUGUAUCCUCUCUCCUAUGGAAGAGAAGGAGCUGCUCUCCCCACUCAGUGACUCUGACGACCACUAUCCAGUGAGGCAAGAGCUGGUGGUCAAAAUCGACCUCAGCCUGCUCUCGCGAAUACCUGGUCGGCCACACAAGGAGUUGGAGCAACCCAAGACAGAAAGGGACCCUGUCAGCGAGAGGGAUGGGAAAGAGUCCCAGAAGCAGGCUAGUGAGAAAGGCUUGAGCAAAGGCAAAAGGAAACACAAGAACGAUGAUGACAGCAUUAAGAGUGAAAACAAGAAACCAAGACUGGAGGACAAAGGAUCAUCUCACCACAAGACCAGCAGCAAACAGUCAGCCAAGAGAACCGCAGAGAAGAAGGAUGAGCCAGCGCCCUCUCCCUCCAUACCUGGGCUGCAGAAGACGCCCAAGACUGAACAUGAGAGCCGCAAGCGCGCAGCCAACCAGUCCUCCACACCUGUCUCCAGUAGCACUGGCAGCACCAAGGAGGGCAGCCGGAGCACCAAGGGUGGCAGCUCCUCUUCCAAGCACAGGAAGGGCGAGGACAAGCAGACCGAGGGGGGCAAGGAGUGCAAGGAAAAGACACUGAAAGUUUCUGAUAACCAACCGGUUGUCUCACAUUCAGAAGGUUCAAAGUCUCGAAGAUCGAAACUAACAUUUGAGGACAGGAUGCAUUCUGCCGAUCACUACUUGCAGGAGGCCAAGAAGCUUAAACACAAUGCGGAUGCACUGAUGGACAGGUUUGAGAAGGCGGUGUACUACCUGGACGCUGUAGUUUCAUUCAUUGAGUGCGGCAAUGCCCUGGAAAGGAGCGCUCAGGAGGCUAAAUCCCCCUUCCCAAUGUAUGCCGAGACUGUGGAACUCAUCAAGUACACAAUGAAAUUGAAGAGCUACAUGGCUCCUGAUGCAACAUCAGCAGACAAAAGGCUAGCAGUCCUUUGCCUGCGGUGUCAGGCCCUCCUCUAUCUUCGGCUUUUCAAGCUUAGGAAAGAAAGCGCGCUGAAGUACUCAAAGACUCUGACUGAACACCUAAAGAAUUCUUUAAGUAAUAGUCAAGCUCCUUCACCUGGAAUGGGAAGCAAAGCGGCUGGCAUGCCCUCCCCUGUGUCGCCCAAGCUCUCCCCCGGCAGCACGGGCAGCUAUUCCUCCGGGGCCUCGAGUACCAGCAGCAGUUCCUCAGUCACCAUCCCCCAGCGCAUCCACCAGAUGGCCGCCAGCUACGUGCAGGUCACCUCCAACUUCUUGUACGCCACCGAGGUGUGGGAUCAAGCAGAGCAGCUGGCCAAAGAGCAGAAAGAUUUCUUUGCUGAGCUGGACAAGGUCAUGGGCCCUCUGAUCUUCAACACCAGCAGCAUGACGGACCUGGUGCGCUACACACGCCAAGGUCUGCACUGGCUGCGGCAGGACGGCAAGCUCUUACCGUAGAGGCCACAAGAGUCCACUUUGGGAUCUCUGCAUCGUUUCUAUCUACAGCACUGUGUAUAUUCCUGUCACUUUGCCAAAAAAGAGAUAAUAAUCAUAUACAAUGAGUAUAGGGCCCUUUGAUAUCAUGAACCGGAGGAA